CACAGGACGCGGCAGGCACGCACGGGGCACAAACGCCAGGCUGCUACAGAGUGAGUCAGGCAAGAGACAGGGAGGCACGUAGUAAGGACCUCGCACGUCACUGAUUUGCGCGCACGCCAUCACAGAGGAGGACCACAAACGGCGGUUGCUGGUGCAGAUCGCCGACAUGGCGCAGGCCCUCCCCGUCAAGUUCAAGAACCUAUGCAACCGCACGGUCGGCGUGUGGCAGGACCGGUCGGGCGACAGGGAGUCGAUGCAUCAGCUGAAGCCGGGCGCGACGUACGCCAUAAACACGCGGCCGGGCCUGCGCUUCUGCGUCGCGCUAGACGAGGGCGGCGGCGGGGGUGCUGGCUGCGAGCGACCGCUCGCCGUCUUCACCAUCACGCAGGGCCGCUACCUCUACGCCUACGAUCCCCGCGAGAAGGACGAGGCCACAGAGCUCCCAGAGCCGGAGGAGCCGGUGGGCGCCGCGGACGCGUCGGUGCUAGCGGCCUGGCUUGAGGAGAGGCGGCAGGCUGCCGCCUACUUUGAGACAACGGGCCGGCACUGGAUGGCGCAUCCAGGGCGGGUAUCGCCACAGCUGCCCAUGCGGGCGGCGGAGCGAGUCGGCGACGAGCUCGAGGUGCGCACGUCGGAGACGCCUUCGCGCUCACUGCAGCUCACGGUGGUGUCCACCGCGCCGCGGGUCUUUGUCGUCAAGAACUUUCUGUCGGCGGAGGAGGCGAGCAAGCUCAUCGAGCUGGGCCGCGACCGCAUCGAGCGCUCAUCGCAGCGUGGGCGCGUCUCGUCGUCGCGCACCUCGAGCAACGCGUGGCUCUCGCGAGGCUCUGCGCCGGUCACCGAGGUGCUCUUUCGGCGCGCGGCCGACGUGCUCGGCAUCGACGAGGCGCGCAUCUCCGACGACAGCAGCAGCUCCGGCCUCUGCGAGCCGAUCCAGCUCGUGCACUAUGCUCCGGGACAAAAGUACGAUGCGCACUACGACUGGAGCGAAGCGGAGCCCAACUCGCGCUUCGCCACGCUGCUGCUCUACCUCAACGAGCCCGAGCUGGGCGGUAGCACCGCGUUCCCCACCACCGUGCACACGAUGGAGGAGCCCCUCGCGCUACAUCCCGGCGCGGGCGGCGCUGUACUCUUCUACAACCAUCUCCCCGACGGCAACGCGGACGUCAACUCGCUGCACGCUGCGCUGCCGGUGGUGCGAGGAGAGAAGUGGCUCGCCAACUUUUGGGUGUGGGACCCCGUCCGCGGCCAGGUCGCGUGAGCUCUGUGGUUUGGUUAUCCCCCCUGGCCACAUGAGUCUAUCCC